UGUAUGUGCUGUGUAGUAAAUGCAGCCCCGGUGACAGGAUUUUUCACAGGCAGAAGGAAACAGGGACACUAAUUCCAAAAUUCCCUUUUCAAGAAAUCUCCAGUGAAGGCUGUGCAUUGCUCUUUUCCCCUUUGCAUGUAAACUGUGGAUGUUGGUAUCCCUGUGCUCAUGAGCCUGCUCGGUGGCUACAAGAAAAAGACUGGUUACCAUGGGUAUGAAUCUUUACAGCUGGUUGACAGCAGCGGUGACUUCAAUAACGGGGAGAGAGCCGGCAACACACAGGGCGAGAACUCGACGGAAGCACGGCUAGCAGCUAAAGGAGGCCCAGUCAUACAGGAGGACUGCAGUACCAUGGACAGCUCAGGGGCUUCAUCUCCAGAUAUGGAGGCCAGCCCUGGUGGUGGGCUGCUGGACAUUGUGAAAGGAGGGGCAGGGAGACUGUUCAGCAACCUGAAGGACAACCUGAAAGACACCCUGAAGGACACCUCUUCCAAAGUGAUGCAAUCCGUAGCAAGUUACACAAAGGGAGAAUUGGACAUUUCUUAUAUCACCUCACGGGUUAUAGAGAUUCAUAAAGUGAUGUCAUACCCUGCCGAGGCUGUAGAGAUUGGAUACAGGAACCAUAUUGAAGAUGUUCGAUUGUUCCUAGACUCCAGGCACAUGGAUCACUACACAGUCUUCAAUCUGUCACAGAAACUGUACCGCACUGCCAGGUUUCACAACAGGGUGUCCGAGUGCAGCUGGCCCUCCAGACAAGCCCCUAGUUUACACAACCUGUUUGCUGUGUGUAAGAAUAUGCACAAUUUUUUACAACAGAACCCCAAGAACGUCUGCGUCAUUCACUGCAUGUCUAAGGAUGGCCGAGCUCCCUCAGGCGUUCUGGUCUGUGCAAUGUUCUGCUUCUGUCACCUCUUCAACAAUCCGCUUCCUGCUAUUCAGUUACUGAACUCCAAGAGACCUGGCUCUGCGCUUUGGCCUUCACACAGGAGAUACAUAGAUUAUGUCUGCAGGAUGGUGUCUGAGAAACCCACACUGCCUCACUGCAAGGCUCUCAUUAUAAAGUCCGUUACUAUGAGCCCUGUCCCGAGCUUCAACAAACAACGCACUGGUUGUCGACCUUUCUGUGACAUCCUCAUUGGAGAAACAAAGAUAUUCUCAACAGCACAGGAGUAUGAGAGAAUGAGGGAGCACAAAGUCAUGGAAGGGAAGGUGAUGAUUCCUCUGGGGGUCAGUGUGCACGGGGAUGUGGUUGUUUCACUGUUUCACAUGAGAUCCACUAUUGGAGGAAGACUUCAGGCCAAGUUGACAAGCACACAGAUAUUCCAGUUACAGUUUCAUACUGGAUUCAUUGCUCCUGGAACGACAGUGCUAAAGUUUACAAAACCCGAGCUGGAUGCCUGUGAUUCCCCGGAUAAGUACCCUCAGCUGUUCCACGUGGUGCUGGAGAUUGAGGUGGAGGCUGCCGAUAAGCAAAUGGACCUGACCUCCCCCUGGGAGCAUUUCCCCACCAAGGAUCUCAGUCCCAGCAUCCUCUUCUCCUGCCACCAGGAGCACCAGGACGCGCUGGCAGUAGGAGGUAGGCCACUUUCAGGCGAUAAAGAGCCACAUCAAGAUAACUUAAGGAAUGCUGGCGCUGGACAGACCACUUUCUUCUCCUCCACACCCUGGCAAGAUCCCAGUAAGGGCCACCCCAGCACUGAAGACAAAGCGGCGCUGAUGCAUGAAGACAGUGAACCCUCUGACGACGAGCUCCUGUCUCUCUCCAGCCAGCAGAGCAACACCAGCAACGAGAAGCAGCCUCCACAGCAGCAGGGCACGCCGAAGAGCAGCAAGAGGCAGGAGGCCCAACCCACUCCCACGCCCGCAACCCCUCCACAGCUCCUUGAAGACGUGGACCUCCUGGGUCUGGACGGGGGUCUGGGGGAAAAGGCCUUCGCCGGACAGCAGCAGCCUCCCCCCACCAACGCGGACCUGCUGAGCGACCUGUUCGGAGCGAGCACCCCAGCCUCGCCCUCCCACAGGCCUCAACCAGACAGCAAGCCGGCGUCCGCUCAGUCCACCCCCAGGAAGGCAGCCCUGUCCUCAUCCCCCUGCCCCUCGCCAGGUGAAGCUUUUGAUGCGUUUGGAUCCGGUCCUAUCCCAGCUGGGCAGGAGUUUCUGGGAUCGUUUCUCGGGCCAGGCAGGACCUCGCCUGUUCCUCCCACAACCCCAACAGUGAAUAUCCAGCAACCAAACCUGAUGGGAGGCUGGGAAUGGAGCAAACCCGUGCCAGCAGGGGGGUUUGGAAUGGGAAGCAAGUCUGCAUGCACCAGUCCUACAGGGUCUCUCCACAGCACACCUACCCACCAAUCCAAACCACAGACCCUGGACCCCUUCGCUGACAUUGGGGCCCUUGGGGUCAAUUUAGGUGGCUCAGGAUUCUCCAGCAAGCCCACCACUCCCACUGGGACCGAAGGAGCAUUUCCACCAAUGGGAUCACCACAGAAGCCGUCUCCCCAGCACACAGCGGGAGGGUCCUGGCAGCAGAACGCUGGUUACUCCUGGCAACAGGGGGGGUCGUCAAGGCAACCCCAGCAGGGUAAACCUGCCCCGCCGCCCAUGCCCCACUCCUCUCCACAGAACAGGCCCAACUACAAUGUGAGCUUCAGCGCUAACACCAGCGGGAAAUCACCGGCCAGCUUCGGAACAAAGCCAAAAACGCCACACGCUAACUUUGAUGACCUGCUAUCUAGCCAAGGAUUUUCUUCUGCCAAGGACAAGAAAGGGCCCCGGACAAUAGCAGAGAUGAGAAAGGAGGAAAUGGCCAAGGAAAUGGAUCCAGAGAAGCUAAAGCUCCUUGACUGGAUCGAGGGGAAGGAGAGGAAUAUCCGAGCCCUGCUGUCCACCAUGCACACUGUGCUGUGGGAGGGAGAGACCAAGUGGAAACAAGUGGGCAUGGCAGACCUGGUCACCCCCGAGCAAGUGAAGAAGGUCUACCGAAAAGCGGUGCUCGUGGUCCACCCAGAUAAAGCUACUGGACAGCCGUAUGAACAAUAUGCCAAGAUGAUUUUUAUUGAAUUAAAUGACGCUUGGUCAGAAUUUGAAAGCCAAGGACUGAAACCAUUGUAUUAAAAUGCUAGGAAGUACAAGCUCCAGUCAAUAUUUUAUCCUUCAGAUCUGUGCUGUGGAUUUUUGUUUUGUUGUCACUGUCGUGUUUUUUCCAUAGAGAGUUUAAUAUACCAGGUUAGUUGUUUAGAUGUGAACAUCAGACUUGCCCAUUUAACUGGUGCACGCUGUCAAGUGGGGAAAGUUAAAGUUGUCUUGUACAGAACUUUCUUGACUGGAACUUAAAUCAUUACAUUAAAACAAGGUUAUCCUUUACAGAUGAGACAAUAAUAA